AUGCCUCCAUUUUGGUAAAAUCUCUUUAUCUCGUGUAGUCGGAUCUUUCGCGGAGAAGAAAAAGCCAUGGCGGUGCCGGAAGCUCCUCUCUGCUACGUCGGAGUCGCUUGCCAGUUCCCCGCCUUCCGCUUUAUGAAACAGACGGGCCGGAUGAAAAAAACUAUGGUGGUGCCGGAAGCUCCUGCCUGCUACGUCGGAGUCGGUCGCCGGUGCCUCGCCUUCCGCUUCAUGAAACAAACGGUACAGUCUCUAAUUAGCGUAUGCGAACUUAUAUUUACUUGCAUUUGUGUUUAAUGUUAGCUAGCGGAGUGUUCGGAUGGUGUCGCUAGGGCCGGAUGAAAAAACUAUGGUGGUGCCGGAAGCUCCUGCCUGCUACGUCGGAGUCGGUCGCUGGUGCCUCGCCUUCCGCUUCAUGAAACAAACGGUACUGUCUCUAAUUAGCGGAUGCGAACUUAUAUUUGAUUG